UUUAUUUUUAAUUUGAACCACAGACUAGUCAGGAUGAAGGACCGUCUGGCGCAGCUGAAGGAGAAGAGUGACGCUGGAGGGGAUGACAUCGAGGUUCCUGUGGAGAAUGAAGCAUUUAUGGAUGAUUUCUUUACUCAGAUUGAAGAUAUCCGUAUCAGCAUUGACAAGGUUGACGAGAGCAUCACAGAAAUCAAAAAACUCUACUCCACCAUCUUGUCAGCCCCCACAUCUGACCAGAAAACACAGGAUGACGUUGAGGCUCUCACCAAUGAGAUCAAGAAGUCAGCCAACAACGCCAGAAACAAACUGAAGAGUAUUGAACGGCAGCUCGAGUCAAACACAGAUGACAGGGCCUCUGCUGACCUCAGGAUACGCAAGUCACAGCAUGGUAUCCUGGCCAAGAAAUUUGUGGAGGUGAUGACAAAGUACAACGAGGCUCAAGUUGACUUCAGAGAUAAGAGCAAAGGACGGAUUGCACGACAGCUCAAGAUCACGGGGAAAGCAACGACAGAUGACGAGCUGGAGGAGAUGCUGGAGGGAGGAAACUCUGCUGUGUUCACUGCUGGGAUUAUGGACUCAAAGAUCAACCAGCAGGCCCUGAAUGAGAUCGAGGCUCGUCACAAAGACAUCAUGAGGCUGGAGAGCAGCAUCAAAGAGCUCCAUGACAUGUUUGUAGACAUCGCCAUGAUAGUUGAAAACCAGGGUGGCAUGAUUGACAGGAUUGAGAGCAACAUGGACCAGUCAGUGGGCUUUGUAGAGAGGGCGGUGGCAGACACCAAGAAAGCUGCCAAAUUCCAGCAGGAGGCACGCAGGAAACAAAUGAUGAUCUUCUGCUGCUGUGUGAUCCUGGCCCUCAUCGUCGGGUCAUUUCUCUACAGCUUCAUCAAGUAGAAAACUUGAGGCCAUCUGCUA